UCGGUUUCGUUCAUUUCAUAACACGAGAAAAAAAGAGAGAGAAAGUGAUUAGAAUAAGUUUGAUAAUGAUAACACAUAACACCGUCAAAUUUGGUUCGUCUGAAUUGAGGGUCUUGUGUAAGCGCACGCUUCUGUUUCAUAGUUCUUCAUUUUGAUUUUGAUUUUGAUUUUGGAUGGACAAAGGUAAAGGUGCAAAGGCAUUAGCGACCUCUUUGCAGAACCUCGAUUUGAAUCCACCAUCCAACGUCAAGUCCAAGCCCUCCAUUACAAUCGCCCAUCCUCAAUUUCAUGGAUUACUUCCUAAGAAGACAAAGCCUCCGAGUUUAGUCAGCCUUUGCGUUGGAGUUGUUGGAAGACAUUUAGAGGAUAUUAUUGCAGAUUUGAGUGAGAUUGCUAUCAACUUGCCAGCUGAUAUAAAGAUAGCAGUGGCAGCUAUUGCUAGAAGAAGAAAGUUGCUGAAUGAUGAAGUCCUGAUUGCAUUAGCUGAUACUUCCUGGGAAAUCCUUGAUGUCUCUGGCUCAGAUGUCUCUGAUUUUGGCUUGAUAAAAGCAGCUGAAGUAUGUGGAUCCAUUAAAGCUCUGGAUAUAAGCCGGUGCACCAAAAUUACUGCCAAUGGUAUAUCUGAGCUUGUGAAGCACUGCUAUUUAUUGGAGACAUUGAGAUGCGGAGGCUGUCCAAGGAGUGAUAACACUGCUCGGAGAUGCUUGGGUAUAUUUAAACCAAGGUUUGAUUAUGUGGAGGAGGAUUCUUGGGAGGAGCUUGAUAUGAAAGAAAUUGCUAGUGGUGCACAAUCACUCAGGUGGCUUGUAUGGCCAAACAUUGAUAAAAAUUCUUUAGAGGACUUCUCCAGCGAGUGCCCACGUGUUGUAGUAAAUCCUAAGUCAUCACUCUUUGGGUUUAUGGGAACUGAGGUUCCUCGGGGAGCAUUAAAAAAUAUCAUAUUGGAUGAUGAAGUUGUCGGGGAUAUUGAUCCCAGAACAUGGACAAAGCAUGGAUUUGCAUUGAAGCCCAUCCCUCCAUCUUCUUCUAGUUCCACUGAAUUAUCAGUGGCUGAAAAGUUCAGACUUGCAUUUGAGGAAAGGGACAACCGAUUAGCUCCAAAGCGAGCUAAAAAUGCUCGGCAACAUCAGCGUCGUGCAGUGCGAGAUUUGAUGUUGAUGAGCACAAGAGCCAAGGCAAUGGUCUUAGCCUCACAAGUAAGCAAGUCUCUUCAUGGCCGAAGCUCAUAGAAUUCUCACAUCACAUGCCUUUUUCAGCUGCUCCAAAAUGUACUCUUAAUUACUUCUAUAUAGUAAGAAGUUGUUGGUCAGACAGAUUUUGAAUCCAAGAUAUGUCCUUUAACAAGCCGGAAAUAUCAGAGCUUUCAAUUUGUGCCCUGUUUGAGGUUGUCACAAAGUGAAAAAUUGUUCAGUUGCGCAUGUUAUCGAAGAGACAUGAUUGCCUGUUGCUUCAUUAUUGUGGAAAUAUAAAAUUAAUUUUCGAAUAUCCAUUGGCAUUGCUUUGGAAGAAGCUCUUGAUUCAAAAGGGAUAAAGGAUCUGCAUGAUAUUUGGCUGAAAGUCAUUGAUAUGGUACUGCCACCCAAUGGUGCUGCUUCUGAGAAGGCCUUUUGCAUGGUGGAAUGGUGUAAUGCAUGGCUAUUCCUCUGUGUAAACUCAACUGCUUAUAAUUGACUGUUAUGAGAAGGGUUGAUGACGAAAAGGACCAUGUCUGGCAAUUUAUACCCUGUUUGUAAAAGAAAAUAUCACAAACGGAGUUUGCGGGUGCGAUUUCCAAUAUAAAUUUUCUAAAAGGCAAAAAAUUUACUUGCUACUAAAAUUUUGAUGUGAAUCGGAUGCAAAUAGGCUUUUUUAGCUAUAAGUAUGUGUGCGAAUUUGUGUUUGUAAUAUUGAUUUUGGAUAAACUUGAGUUUAUGCAAGUGAUUUUAUUGUGCUUGGAUACA